CAAUCUUUUUAUUCAACGAAACCGAAUUAUCUCUUUUGUUCUGUUCUCCCUUGCCAAAAGCGUCUUCUCCUCCUUUCCAUAGAGAAAUGUCGAAGGCAGGGGCACUGGGUCUGGCGUCGCGUGUCGGCGGUAGCAUCGAGAAGAACGCAGUCCUCGAUGCUGUAGAAGAGUACGAGAAGUAUCAUGACCAUUAUGGAGGUGAAGAGGAAGAGAGAAAAGCUGAAUGCACUAACAUGGCAAAUAUUUACUAUGAUCUUGCUACCAGCUUUUAUGAAUUUGGCUGGGGGGAAUCUUUCCAUUUUGCACACAGAUGGAAAGGGGAGUCUCUUCGCGAGAGCAUGAAGCGAUAUGAGCACUUCCUUGCUUUACAACUAGGCCUGAAGCCUGGACAGAAGGUGUUGGACGUAGGAUGUGGAAUUGGUGGACCACUAAGAGAAAUUUCUAGAUUCAGUUCAGCAUCAGUUACAGGAUUGAACAACAAUGAAUAUCAGAUAGCAAGGGGAAAGGAACUAAACUUCAGUGCUGGAGUGGACAAAACCUGUAACUUUGUGAAGGCUGACUUCAUGGAAAUGCCGCUUCCUGACAAUACUUUUGAUGCAGUAUAUGCAAUUGAAGCGACUUGCCAUGCACCGGAUGCACAUGGGUGCUACAAAGAAAUUUACAGAGUACUAAAGCCUGGCCAGUGUUUUGCCGCAUAUGAGUGGUGCAUGACUGAUGUUUUCGAUCCCAAUAACCCAGAGCAUAAAAAAGUAAAGGAAGAAAUCCAGAUCGGUGAUGGGCUCUCUGACAUCAGGUCCACAAGAGAAGUCAUUGAGGCUUUGAAACAAGCUGGUUUUGAGGUCAUGUGGGAGAAAAACAUUGCCGUGGACUCACCUGUCCCCUGGUACUUGCCUUUGGAUAAAAGUCACUUCUCACUGAGUAGUUUCCGUACAACUGCAAUUGGGCGUUUCUUUACAGGAAACAUGGUCAAGUGCCUGGAAUUUAUGAGACUUGCCCCAAAGGGAAGUGGACGUGUUCAAAAAUUGCUAGAGCGGGCUGCAGAUGGGCUAGUUGAAGGUGGAAAGAAAGAGAUUUUCACGCCAAUGUAUUUCUUCUUGGUCCGGAAGCCGCAUUCAGACAAUCAGUAAUGUGGCAGUGUCAAGCUAGUUAACCUCAUACCACCAAAGUCAUGGAAUCUCAACCGUAUGUUAGCACUGGUUUUUGAUCAUUCUGGUUGACUAUUUUGUGUUCUGUGAAUCUCUUGAGUUCUGACUUACAAGUUGGAAGUUGUAUCGUGUAUUUUCAGUUUCCUAAGGGUUCAUUUGUACGCUAUUUAAGACUUUUGCUUGAACUGUAACCUUUGGCUCCACUGGGACAAAAGGUAGGGAUUUGUGCUUA